AUGGGGAUUUACCCCGGCUCCUGGUCACAAAGCUCCAUCUCCCGCUCCCUGCAGCGAGCUGAGACGUUACUCAGGACCACCUUUAACCCCAGUCUGAAGUGGCUGUUCCACAGCCGCAGUCAGGAUGAAGACGCGGAGGAAGGACAUUUUGUGGUUGCACACAACCUGGUCUCCCGGUCCUCUGCUCGUCUGCUGCGUCUGCAACAGGCUCUUCUGACUGUGGCACCACAGUGGCAGUUGGUCGGCGGGGCACAGGUGGGAUCUCCCCAAGUGUGUGUUAAAGGCAUCCCAGAGAGAGAGGCAGAGGGUGGAGUUGUCCUCGUACCCUCCUCCUCCUCCCUGCAGGGGCCCUACAGGACUCUGUGGAGACUCCUGGAGCAGCGGUCCCUGCUGCUCUUCAUACACGAGUACACAAGGAGGGCUCGCCUCGCCGCAGCGUACAUAUCAAGAGUGAGCCACCUGCUGGAGGAGCAGCUGAGGAGACCACACCUGACACCUCACCAGACCCUGUCCAGCUUGUCUUCAUUCAGGGUCAGUCUUGGCUCGCUGAGUCAGGAGCUCCGGGUCCAUCUCAACCACUGGUCUUGUCUGUUCUCCAAAGUCCAGUCUGACCAUUACCUGAGACCUGCUCUAGUCCAGCAGACCAGGCUGCUGGUGGAGAUCAAACAGACUCUGGACUCUCUUGGUCUGCAGGCCCUGGUUCUGAUGGAGCACUACGUGUGUGUGAUCCUGUCUGCUGUGGCCCAGGCGGAGCUAGACUCUGUACCACGAGAAGUCCUGCAGGAUAUUUUAGCUGGUACAGACGUGUACAACCAGGCAGUGGAGGAGCAGAGGGCGCAGCGCAGUGCCACCCAGCUGAGGACUGCAGUAUUACUCCGAGCUCAUCACUCCACACUGGAUCCUGGUCUUCCACACAGCAAACAACACCACCCUGCUGCCUUCUCAGUCAGAGAGCUGACGGUGAUCUUAGCAGUGCAUCAUGCGGAAACUGCAGCCGAGCAGCUUCGGAGCUGGGCCUCUGCUCAGAGCUGUCAGGUCUGUCAGGUCCACCACACUCAAGAAGCCGGCACGAGUUCUGUUAGGUCAAGUAUCAGCUGUGGGACCUGCACACUGAGACCAGAGUGGACCUGGGAGCAGCUGCAGCACACCUUCCUUAUUCCACCUCCACUCCUCUCAUCCCAUCAGCCCACUCUGCAGCUCCAUCAGGACAGUGCUGAAAACCACCUCCCUGUAUUAGCCAAACCCACCUCUGUCCAGCAAAGACCAGACUGCUCUGACAAAGACCCAACCAGCCAGUGCCAAACCCACAUACCCCGGAACAGUCCAAUCCAGGCCAGUGUGGAGACUGUGGACUUAGCCCAACCACAUGUAGAAAACUGUGAACCACCACAGACCAUUUCACCCCCGUCAGAAUCCUCCCACCGUCUCUCAGCCCCACCAGUGUCAGCUGUCUGCCAACAAGAGCGUUCUUCAGUGGAGUUACUCUUUCAGCUGCUGGUUUCCUGCAGUGACCUGCUGGUUCCACUGGUUUCACACACAGAGGCUCCAGCUGAGCCGCUGCUGCCACAUACACCAACAGAUGUGACUGUAACUGCUCCGAUCAUCAGUACAGAUGACUCUGUGGAAUUAAAUAGACUGAGUACAGACCUGAACACGGAGGGGUCUCAGGCAGACUGGGCUGAACUGGACAUGACUACCAGGCUGGAAACCACCUGCAGCUCAGGUUUUCAGAGGGACAGAGACCCAGAGGGAGAAGGGACUGUGGGACUAGAGGGGACAGCGGUGGCGCCAGACUGUGUGCGGCCUCACUCGGUUCAGUGGUUGGACCUCGGUCAGUCUCUGGUGUUUGCUGAUCUGUUGGGACAGUACCGGGCCCUGCUGUGGACUCUAUGCAGCAGAGCCCUGUGGCUGCAGAUGUUUGUCCCACCAGCAGGGAAUGCAGCAGGGAGCAUCAACCUCCAAGACAACCACAGGGGGUUCCAGAUCCUGGACCGGCUCAGCCGAGCUUCAAAGACAGAAGAUCUGGUUCCAAAGGAGUGCAGGGCCAUGCUGGAGGAUUUCAGGCUGAAUCUCUUAGUCUGUACAGCACAUGCUCAGUGGGACUAUGUGUUGUGCAGAGGUUUAGGUUCUGCUCUUAAGGAUAAGUGCCUCAUAGACGGCAGCCACUCUGUGAUGUCAUCAUCUAAGAUGAUGUCAGUGACCAUGGAGCACUUCCUGCUGCUGACCCCUCCUCUCCUGUCGUCUUUGUGCUGUCAGCUCUCAGACAGCAGGAGCUCAGGCUCCUCCAGCCUCCUCACCCUCCACAGACAGUCUGUCAGCCUGGUGUUGGCCACAGUGCAGCUGUCCACAUUCUGGAUCUUGUCCAAGGCUUACCAGUUCCUCUCCUCAUGGAGCCUCAACAGAUUCCUGCUCAUCACACAGGGGGACCUCAAGGAGCUCAGAGAGUCGUUAGAGGUGAUGGUGCGUCAGACCAGGUCCCUGAUGAUGACUCCAGACAGUGACUAUUACUCAUCACUCCUGCUCAGGCAGCAGCUGGAAGCUCUGGACAGGGCGGUGUCUGAGCUGCAGACCUUCUCCUCUCUGGUGCUGAAGACCUUCUCCAGUGACUGUAAGAGGAUGUCAGGGGAGAUCUUUGAACAGACCAUGCCCUCUUCUGUUCACUGGAAACACAGCCACAGAACAGGUUUUCCCAGCAGUCCCAGUGAGUAUGCGUCUCUGGCAGCUCAGACUGUGAUUGGUCAGGUUUUAGAGGGUGUGGCUCCGUUGUCUGACGACGCCCGUGUCCAGGCUCUGAGUGUAACGAUGACAGCUUUCCUGGAGGCGUGGAUGGAGCACAUCCUGAAGCAGAAGAUCAAAUUCAGUGUGCAGGGAGCUCUCCAGCUGAAGCAGGACUUUGACUCUAUCAGAGAGCUGAUCCAGUCGGACAGGUACGGUCUGUCAGCUGACCUCCACCAGCACCUGCUCAGCCUGCGGGUGUUUCAGCAGGUGGACUCAGCAGUGGUGUGUCUGCUCCAGCAGCCUCAGGCCAAACCAUACCUGCAGUCCAGAACCUGGGAGCCUUUCACACGCUGCUGUCCAGCCGGCAGCAGAGACAGCUCUGAUGCAGCGGUGGGGAGCAGUAUAACCAACCUGGGCUAUGUAGAGGGUGAAGACCUGACUCAGGCUGACCCCUCUGUUAUGACCUCUGACCUCCCUCCAGUGGACCCCUCCAACCCCGGAGAGCCCUACCUCGCCCCAAGUCUGGCUCUGGGUCCUGUUCAGCAGGAGUGGCUGGACCUGAGGAUCCAUGGCAGUGCUCGACGCUGGAGGCUGCCGGGACUACAGUGUCUCUCCAAGUCUGAACCCUGAACACACACACACACACACACACACACACACACACACUCUGGUUUAAUCCUGUUGUUUGUACUGUACAUUUAAGAAACUUUUCAAAGAUG